AACAAAGCGUCUUUGGACGUCUUCGCACCUGUUGCUGUCGCCCCUUCAUUUCGAGAUAAAAAAAGUGUAAAUGUGACUCCCAAAAUGCAUCCCGAGAGCUGCAGUAGCGGCAAUGUUGAGGCCACAGUGAGUGCGUGCGUUAUAGAUGAGGAGGAGAGUGACGGCCAUACUCCGGACAUCCUGUGUCGAGCGCAGAUCCUCAAUGAUUCCCCCCGGUCCAGUUCCAUGAGCUCAGCUCUGGACGAACUCUUUUCUCAUGAGGCCACGCUAAUCACAGAAUGUGCAGGCGAGUCUUACAACACAGCAGCAAUCUUGCAUUACUGUCGAAAGCGAAUCAUAAAGCCGAGGGAUAUUAUUUUCUCUUUUUUUGGUUAUCGUCCCUGGAGCAAAGAUGGGGCUGAUUUGUGCCUGUGCAUGCGAAUGUUCAGUGUUGUCUACUGUGCCCUCCUCCUGCUCUUCCUGGCCUGGGGUCCUGUCUUGCAGUACAACUUAUGCCUGAGAAGGGACAGAGGCGUAAGCACCGAGCCUAUGAACCAUCUGAAUGCAACCAUUUCAGAAUCAAAGGAGGACUUUUACAGCAAUAGCCACAACAGUGAUGGCAAAGAUGCAUGUUCAGGCAGCCUGGUGUUCGGGUAUGUGGUUCCCAGUCUCAUGUUCCUGCUGGCCUACCUUGUCACCUGCCUUGUGCUCAGGUGCGGUGAGCCAGAGCACCUGCAGACACUGCUGGAGAGGGUGUACCUGAUUUCGGCCUGCUCUCCAUGGGAACAGAUGAAGCAGCGUCGCCUGGGCUGUGCGUGGGUUGCCUGGCUUGGCCUGGGUCUUCUGUGCUUGGCCCUCUCCCUAACGUCUCUGGCCCUGCACCUGGCCGCAGCCGCACCGCACCUCCCCUUCACCGUCAUUAGGCCGAGUGACACGACCGAGAAGAUCGUCCUGUGUGGGCUGGCCUUGGGGUCCCUCUGGGUCGGGGACGGGGCAAUGGUGGUUGGGGUGCUGCUGUACUGUGCGCAGUGCCACCUGUUGUGCACACUCCUCGGCCUGAUCAGGACCACCUUGCUGCAGGGGGCCAUCUCGCUCCUCUCUGCUAAGAAGCAAAUAGACGAGAGCUCGCGUUUCCUUCGACACCUGAACCAGGAGCUCGGCCUGAGUGUGGGUCUGUACCUGUGCGUGGUUGGCUUCAGGGCUAUCACAGCAUUUGUCCAGGUCUUCUCUGUAAUCAGGGAGGCUGAGGCUACCAGUCAUAACGCGAGCAGGAGGAUCUUCCCGGCAGGAGAGGAGAUGCCGUCCAUGAGAGAGUCGCAGAUAGAGUGGCUCCACUUGGCUGCCGUCGUCACCAACCUUCUUCCGUGGCUUCUCCUCUUGGCUGUUCCUCUGUUCAUGGCGGCGCGGCUCUCCUCUGCCUACCGCGCAUUGAGCAAGAUGGGCUGCCAGCUUCAUGCUCGUCCCUUCGGCUACCAGUCGACCCCUCAGACUGACAUCGAUUCCUUCCUCCUGUACGUCUCCUGCCUGAGUCUCAAAGCAAAGAUCCUGUGGAUACCUGUGCGGACGUACUUCCUGGUCUUGCUCUUGGUGGUCUCCGUUAUGGCUGUGGCAAUAUUAAGCUACAUUUACACGUAGGAAGACCAGGGUUAAAAGAAACUGGUGUAUGGAUGUAUGUAUAUGUGAAGUGAAUGGCAAAACACUUGGCCUUGUUUAUACUGUAGUAGAAAAGCCCUCUUACGCACAUGACUAGAUUUAUGGGAAAGGAGGGACAGACGUUUUGAAAUUCCCUCGGAGUUUUGUCCUGAAGGUGAAAUCAUUCGAAUUUUAAACUUUCUCUUAAUCUAGUUUCAUGCGUAAUGGGUUUUCUCCCGUGCGUAAGUCGCUCUUCGUUUUUCUUUUCCUUGAGAAUUAGAAUUUGAUACUGAUGUUGAUUACAAAGCUUAGGAUAAGGUUUGAAUAGAUAGAUUAAAGUAGAGAAGU